AUGACCCGCCACAGCCGGCUGUCCUCCUCCUCGGACGGUGGCUCAGACUGGUCCUCCUCCGCAGACGACGACGACGAGCCCGCUCCUCCUCCCGCUCAGAAAUCGCAUGGACUAGGCGCUUGGAUUUUGCUGAUGCUGGGCGUAUGUGCGGUAGUGGGAACUGCGCUGCUCGUCGUGUUCCUACAGCGCAAGGACGGAGGAGGAACGGCUGAGGCGAGUACGAGUGCGACGUUGGUACCGACGCAGGAGGCUGCCGCGACCGCACCGGCGAUGUUGUCGACCGACAGUCCGGACAAGUACGAGUCGCCGCCGAUCAUCGAUCAAGGCGACGACGAAGCGACGACGACGCCAACUCGGAACCGACACACCAGCUCGUCGACGUUUGGGCCAUCCGCGCCCACUGGUGCUGCCUCGACAAACUCCUCCUCUACAUCUAGCAGCGGCAACCUCCCCCCUCUCGUCGGCUCGCAACUCCUCGUCGACUUUAGCACCUUUGCCCCCUCUUCCUCCGUCUCCUCCUUCCUCACCUCGCACAACCUCGAGAUCUCCACCGACCCAAUCGGUUCAACACCCAUCUCUCACACGUUCCUCGCUUCCAACGUGGAUAUCGUCGAUGGAGCGUUGAGGUUGAAAGUUACGGGACAGUCGGGGAAGGGAGAUAUCAAGAGCGCGGAGGUUUCGACCAAGGAGAAGGGGAUCUUAUAUGGAAGGGUGACGACAAGGGCGAAGGCGAGUCCCGUUCCGGGCGUUUGCCACGGUUUCUUCUUGUACGCAACGGACAAUCUCGAAGUAGACAUCGAGUUGCUCUCCUCAUACUAUACCCAGGGUCGGGGGGACUCAGUCAAGCCCGGCCUGCAAAUGACGAACCAAGCGCUAACGAAAGGCGGCAAAGCGAGCAACGUCGUCGUUCCCUACCCCUCUGACCCAACCGAGUUUGAGUGGAUGCAGUACACGAUCGAAUGGACUAAAUCCGCUACGAUCUUUUCCUUCGACGGAAAAGAAGUCGGACGGCUAACGACCAACGUCCCUCCCUCACCAAUGGCGUUCAUUUGGAACAACUGGUCUUCGGGCGAACCGAAUUGGAGCGCGGGUCCGCCGACUGAGGAUUCGUAUUUGUUGAUUAGUGCGGUGGCGGGCAACUGGACGACUGGAUAG